AUGGCUCCAGCUUCUGCAGAUGCAUCUCCGUCUGAUUCUCUCGAGGACCAACCACGCGAAAACGGUCUUGUCAUCCAGCCUACUUCGAAAAGGAGCUACCGAUGCAAAUCUUGUGGAAUAUCCUUUCCCUGCCACGAGCCAUGGCAACACCAUGCCAACAAGCAUGGCGAAACUUUCCCACAUAUUCAUAUUGAACUCAAGCCGUUAGCUUUGGCGCCAGAUGUUAUUGCUUUGCAUGAUGUUUAUUGCCGUCGCAGAACCCACUAUGUUCGAGUAACUAGCUCGACACCUUUGGGACCCUUCUCUGCCAUACAGCGGAUAGACGAAGUAGAGGAGUUAACUUUUAAAGAAUUCCUGAAAAGAGAUUUCACUUCUACGGAAAAUCACAAAGCGAUAGUGAGAAGGAUGGAAGAGUUUGAUAAGAAAUGUUGCAAGUCGGUUCACGAAAGAACCACAUUUGUUACCAAGAAACUCGUGAAUAGGCUGCUAUCAUGCUUUCCAUGUAUCUCGGUCCCGGAACAGUCAAGGCCUAGUCGUUGGCCGAGCAGACCAGACAUGAGAUCAAAGUCGCCUUCUCAGUCAACCAAGGCCCUGGCGGCUAAUGACGGACUUAGCCAACAUACUGAAGAUCUGACCUUGACUGUAAGCCGGCCUAGCAGACUACACACGAGUUUGAAGUCGCCUUCUCAGUCAACUGAGGCCAUCACUGUCAAUGAUAGACGCAGCCAAGAUGUUGACGAUCCAGCCUCGACUGCAAGGAAUAGUCUUCCCCAGAAUGUCGCUGCAGUCGUAGCUGUAGCUUCCUUCUACUCGACGGCUAAAGGUGUUCACGGCCACGAAGUACUUGUCACAACCCACUCAGACACUAUAAUCCUCUUACAACGAGUGGAUCUUGACGCGCUUCUUCAAUACACACGCACCAAAAAACAACUGCAAGAGAUCGUUGGUGAAUAUGCCUACACAGGGUUACUGGAGUAUAGGAAGAAGGGCAUAGAUAUCGAGGAACCUGUUUACCAGGGCUUUCUACCAGAUGACUUGCCUAUUGGAGUAGGCGAAGAAGUUCGAUUGGAAGACUGCUCUCCAGUGCUUGAAGCGGAAGUUCGCUCUGCUCUUGACUCACACGUCACCUUGUAA